AAAUAAGCAUGUAAAAGUAUGCCGGUGAAAAGCAAAUUAUCCACUCCGGGAAGGGAAGCAAAUGUAAGCGUCCGCUAGGCUUUUCAACGCCCGUGAUGUCAUCUGCCGGAAGAUCUCGUGGCCGUCGGUGCAGGUUGAGUGUGUAACAGAAAGGCAUUUGACAGCUUGCCAGGGGGAGAGAGAAAAAAACGGGAUAGAAACUAGACCGGCUGGAUUUCCAAAAGCAAAUCGUCAUUCGCGCGAAGGGGAUAUUGGCGGUUUAUCCCUCCAAUUCCACAACAACGUCGCCGCUCUACAGUAAGGCAAUGUAUUAAAUGUAGCGGCAGUGCGCUCCUUUUUAUUAUCACUAUUAUUAGUAUUUUAAUUGGCAACCCAUUGCUAGAUCUGUACCGUACAUGUGGCCAUGAAUUCGGCAGAACAGACAGUAACGUGGCUCAUAACGCUGGGGGUUCUGGAGUCGCCGAAAAAGACCAUCUCGGACCCAGAAGGGUUUUUGCAGUCGUCGCUGAAAGACGGGGUGGUUUUGUGUAAGCUGCUGGAAAGACUGCGCCCUGGUUCUGUCGACAAAAUCUACCAGGAACCCAGGAACCACGGCGAGCGCCUGAGCAACAUUACCGAGUUCCUCAAAGGCUGCGAGAUAUUCCGCGUGGAGGCGUUCGAUGCCAGCGAUCUGCUCCAGGGUGAGGACUUCAGCAAGGUGCUGAGCUCGCUGGUGGCGCUCAACAAAGCAACCGCAGACUUCGGGGUGGGCAGCGAGUCCACAUGCGCUCGCCGCUCCUCCUCGCACCGCAUCAAGUCCUUCGACGUGCUGGCCUCUCAGCCCUCCGCUGGCCGGUCCUCCAAGAUAUUCCCAAACCAGUACCGCAGUCUGGACAUGACGGAAAACAGCACUUGCCAGGUGGCGGUGAAGGCGCGCUUCAACUUCCAGCAGACCAAUGAGGAUGAGCUCUCCUUCUCCAAGGCUGACAUCAUCCAUGUGACACGCAUGGAGGAUGGCGGUUGGUGGGAGGGAACCCUUAAUGGAAGGACUGGCUGGUUCCCCAGCAACUACGUCCGGGAGAUCAAAGGCAGCGGGGGCUCCAAAGACAAACCGGUUUCUCCCAAAUCCGGGACUUUCAAAAGCCCCCCCAAAGGGCCGGACACCUCCGGCAUCAGCAAGACCUACUAUAACCUGGUGGUACAGAACAUUCUAGAAACGGAAACGGAGUAUUCUAAAGAGCUCCAGAACCUUCUGUCAAAUUACCUACGCCCACUGCAGAGUACAGAGAAGCUCAGUUCCUCUGACAUUGUCCACAUCAUGGGCAACCUGGAAGAAAUCAGCACCUUUCAGCAGAUGCUUUUUCAGUCCCUGGAGGAGCGUACCAGGCUUCCAGAGAGCCAGCAGAGGCUGGGCGGCUUCUUCCUGAACCUCAUUUCUCAGAUGCGGAAGCUCUAUGUGACGUACUGCGCUAAUCACCCCUCUGCUGUCAGCGUUCUGACCCAGCACAGCGAGGAACUGGGGGACUUCAUGGAGAGCAGGGGGGCCAGUCGUCCCGGUAUCCUCACCCUCACCACGGGCCUCAGUAAGCCCUUCAUGCGACUGGACAAGUACCCCACCCUGCUAAAGGAGCUGGAGAGGCACAUGGAGGAGUACCACCUUGACCGGCCAGACAUUCAGAAGUGCAUGAACUCAUUCAAAAACCUCUCGGCUCACUGCCAGGAGAUGCGGAAACGGAAGGAGCUGGAGCUGCAGAUCCUGAACGAGACGAUCCGUUGCUGGGAGGGCGAGGACAUCCGUACCCUGGGAGGGGUGAUCUACAUGUCCCAGGUUGUGGUAAACAACUACGGCAGCGAGGAGCAAAGUGAGCGUUACCUGUUGCUUUUCCCCCAUGUGCUUCUCUUGCUGUCUGCCAGCCCCAGGAUGAGCGGUUUCAUCUACCAGGGUAAGCUGCCCUUGACUGGCAUGACCGUCUCCAAGCUGGACGACAGCGAAACCCACAAAAACGCCUUUGAAAUAUCGGGGGGCAUGAUCGACAGGAUCCAGGUGACCUGCAGCAGCCUGCAGGACAGGCAGGAGUGGCUGGAUCACCUUCAGCGCCAGACCAAGCUCAUUUCCAUGGCGACGCCUAACGCAAGGCCCUCCCCGGUUCCCUGCCACACGUUGCCCUCGCACCCCGGCACCCCCUCCAGGCUCUCUGAUAGUCGCAGCGCGACGUUGGCCCCGGCCUACCACACCCUCCCCCACUCCUCACAUGGUCCGCCUCACAGCAACCCCAUGUGGGGUCCCCUGGAGCCCCCCAAGACCCCCAAACCCUGGAGCCUGAGCUGCCUGCGGCCCGCGCCCCCCUUGAGGCCCUCCGCGGCACUGUCGUACAAGGAGGACCUCAGCAAAAGCCCUAAAAGCAUGAAAAAGCUGCUUCCCAAGCGGAAGCCGGAGAGGAAGCCGUCCGAUGAGGAGUUUGCACAGAGGAAGAGUACAGCCGCUUUGGAGGAGGACGCGCAGAUCCUGAAAGUGAUCGAGGCGUACUGUACCAGCGCCAAGACCCGGCAGACGCUCAACUCAACAUGGCAGGGUACUGAUCUGAUGCACAAUCACGUUCUGGCGGACUGCGACCAGUCUAGUAUGGACUCUCUGGGCUGCCGUAGCAGCCUUUCCCGGGCUGACGUGACCUCUGACCUCUCCGAAGACUCCGACUAUGACAGUAUAUGGGCAGCCCACAGUUACAGGAUUGGUGCCUCAUCUCGAAAGAGCUGCUGCUCCUAUAUCUCCCACCAGAACUGAAACCCCGCCCUCCUUUAUCUUUCCUUUCAUUUGUACAUAAGGUAUUUUCUAUUUAUUUUAUUUAUGAACUGGUGUUUUUAACCUGUUUCAACUGAUCCCUCUCCACGUUGACGCCCUCCUGUCUGCAAUGCCUUUGUCUAGCCCUCGUAUAUUUAAUUGCUCCGCUGUGCCCUUGGUCUACAGACAGGGGGGUGUGUCUAGAGAAGCGGAGCAGAAAUGUCUGAUAUUCAGAUACGCUUUAGCUUGGAGGGAGAGGCCCCAUUCUGCUAAAUGAGUCCCUUGGUGUCUGAGCGUCAUACGUGAGCGAGCGACAUGCUGUUUUUUUUCCUCUGUGUAGUACGCAGUUCAUCCGUUGUAGUUAGCUUUAAUUCUCCUUUGUUAUACAAAAAUAAAAUGAUAGUAAUAGCGAAAGAAUGUAAUUUAAUUUGUGUAUGUCUGCGUGCUGUCGUGCCGACAGGCCUGGGACAUGUCCAAUCUCAACAUCCGAGUUGCCCCCCCCCCAACAGACGUUAAUUACACUUGCGUACAUUCCAGAGCCUGCCAUGACGUCUUUCUGGUACCUCAAACUUAAAGAUCAGUCGAGUGCAGGGCUGAUUUAGACAUCAACUUUUACUUUGGCAUUGCCUUUGGAUGUAUAUUUUUGACUGUUUUGUAUGUGUCUGUGUGUGCUUAUGUUUUUUUUUUUUUUUAAACCUAAAUUCCUUAAAGUGACAGUUACAUUUUAGCGAAAAAUAAGCUGUUGUCAGGAAAAAAAACGGACGUCUGAGUCAGACACACUCCAAAGUCCCGUGUAAAUGUGUUUAUAACUUGUUGGCUGUCAGCUCCAGUUAGCGGGAACUCAACUGUUACUUGUGCCAAAAGCAUUAAUCCUCAAACGUCGGGGUGAUUUGGAGGAGAGGGUAGACACACACCCGAGGAAGGGACUGUCUACACUCUCCAUUUUCCAAGAGAAGCUUUGUUACAGCAAGAGUCGGAAAUAUUUUUACAGUCGGGGAAAUCAAUGGAUAUAUGUAGACCAUUCUGAUACGUUCCACUCAGGCAUCUCUGCCUCGUUCUGGAAAGAACGAGGCAGAAAGAACUGGAAGAAUUGGAUCAAAGAAAAGUCUGUAAAGUGUUUUAAUGGUAGCUGCAGUUUUAUAGUUGGGUGUUUAUAAAGGGUCUGAUUCUGAUGGUUCUGUGACAUGAUCUCUGCCAAUGACAGAUUUCAGGAACAGCGUCAACAACUUUUAAAGAGUGAACCAUGGCAUCUCCGUUCGAUUGUAACAUUGCCCAUAUGUCUUGGCCAUUUACUGAACAUCUAUUCCCUGCUUUAUCUUCACAGACAGCUUAGACAACGUGGGCCUAAGAUAUAUCUGGCCAUUUCCGGCAUAUUAUUUCAGGCUGUUGUAUAUAUUUCUUCCUUGCUUUCAUUUAAUAUUCAUUUGAUAUUAGCAUUUAUUUAUUGUGAAUUGAUGCUGCUUAAUUUUGAUAUGUGUGUUUUUGCACAGGCUUAGGAAUUUCAUUGAUUUUUGUGUGAAUUGAAAACGAUCAAAUAUAAAGUCUUCCUCUUGAGUUGAACAGAGGGCCAUAAAUGUACAUUGGCCAUUAACAGUCAGGGGUGGGGGGGAAGGUGUGGUCAUGGUUCUGUUAGUUUCACAAAACAAUUAGUACAAAUUUUAACAUCUUUGGUCACAUGACGCACUGUCUCUCUAUCUGUUCUGUUUGGGGUGGAAGAUAAUCGCAUUUCACAGUUGAUCUUGCGAGGCCAGAGGAAUACUGCUGUGGGAGCUUAAGCGGGCGAUGGUUGGACGCGCACCAAAUGUUGUGGAACCAAAGUCAUUUGUGCUGCUCUCUUGCACUGUGUUCAUGUAGGGCUUGGUGGAUUGUGCUGCCAGAUUCUCUUUUUACCUGCAAGCCAGGAACAUAUGGUCUGCUCCCUGUUGUUUCCACCCACAGUUCACCUUCUUACUGCACUGUGUUUCCAGGCGGUUCGGCUUCCCGCCGGUGACGCGGGUGCUGUGAGGUUAGUGUGUGAACGUGUCUGUUGCUCUGGGGAGUCCCACAGUGCUGCUGAGUUACCCGGUUACCCAGCAGACCAUCUGGAAGGCAGGAGAAAGUGUAGGCUGGACUUUUCCCCCAAGGUUUCUGUGAAAGUACUGGGGCCGAGGACAGUUCCCUGAUGAACCGUAAAGUGUUAAGCAUUAUGGUUGAGAGCAAAAUGGUCUUACUAUUGUGCAAUAUUUUUUUUUGUGACUGAAAUGUACUCUCUGGUUUAAAAAGCAAGUAAGAGUCUCAGCCUGGUAGCUGCCUUUUUACAUUUCGUGUGUGUUAAUAUAAAUUUGAAUUGUGGAUAUUUAUUGUGAAAUGUGUGUAUUGUUCAUUCUGCAUAUGAUGUUGAAUGAUAAUGUUGAAUGUUUGAUAUAGACAUAUAGACAUGUAUUACAUUACCCAUUGUAUUAUAAAAUUUUAAAUAAAUUUUUUUCAUUUGUUAGAA